AUGCCACCAAGCAGUUGGUGUGAGGGGCCGGAGUUUCACUCCCCAACACAGGCUCUGCCUUGCCAGACGCUCGCCAUGGAACUCCUGGAGACUAACCCCUACUUUUUCACAGACCAGCGCUUUUACGACGGAGAGAACUACCUGAGCCCUCGCUUGCAUGGCUACGAGCAAACGGCCUACCAAGACCGGGCGGCCAUGAGCCUGUGCCCCGAGGGCAGGGCCGGGAUAGAGGAAAAGGCUUCGGCCCUGCCGGACCAUAGUCCUGGCCAGUGCCUGCCCUGGGCGUGCAAAGUGUGCAAGGGGAAGAGCGUCUCCAUCGACAGGCGUCGUGCCGCCACCCUUAGGGAAAAGCGCCGGCUGAAGAAAGUCAACGAGGCCUUUGAAGCGCUGAAGCGGAGCACUUUACUGAACCCAAACCAGCGGCUUCCCAAGGUGGAGAUCCUGCGCAGUGCCAUUCAAUACAUCGAACGCUUACAAGCUCUGCUCAGUACCCUCAAUCAACAGGAGCGGGACCAGCGGGAACUGCGCUACUGCAACACCGGCAGCCAGCCAGUGGUGUCUAGUGACCAUGGAGCCAGCAGCACUUCAUGCAGCCCAGAAUGGAGCACCCAGCUAGAGUUCAGCACUCAUCCUGGAGAUCAUUUGCUGAGUGAUGAUUCUUCGGAAGAUCGCAAUCUUCACUCUCUGUCUUCAAUUGUGGACAGUAUCGCUGUGGAAGAUGUGGCUGUUGCGUUCCAAGAGGAGAGGGCUCAGAACUGAGGAUGCGGAAAACAAUGUCCAUCUCUCUGUCUUUUUUCAAAUCAUCACCAUCAGAUCGUAGGGUAGAAGCCACAUGAUACUAGGACUUUACAAUUAGGAAAUGUUGCUCUCCUCACUAACACUGGAUGAUGUUCCAAAUGGAGAAAGGUUCUCCUUCCCAACUAACAGUGGAUGAGGUGUUAUUUCCCAAGCCAGUCAUAGACGUUAACAAGUGAAGUCACUUAUCCAAUUCCAUAUGCCUGAAAAGUGGUUCUACUUCCCCCACCCCCAUCCUCUACAUCAGGAGCAAGCUAAUGAGAUAGAUGCCUAACAAUUAUUUAAAUAUCUGCCUGAUUUCCAGAAAGGUAGAUUAUUGUGAAUUCAUUGAUGAUUUAUGGAUCUCAUCCUCUGGAAAUUGGCUGAUCAAAGCAUUUGAUGUAUUAUUGGGAACACUAAUUAAGGGUGAGAGAAGUGAUACCACUUCUGCGUGUUAAGGAAGGAUUCCGUUGUGGCUUUGUUUUCUUCCCUGUUUUUAGAAGUUUUGUUUCCUUUGGGGGCCAAUGGUAUUAUUAUUAUUAAUAAUAAUUUUGUGGGUGUGUGCAAGUGUGUGUAUUUUUUUAAAAAAAGAUACUAUCUGACCAACUUCUUUUGGUAGUUUGCAAUUUCCAGGCACAGAAGCCAUAUAAAAGGCUGCCACUGAAGUCUUUUCUACUGUGUGGAGUUGACAUUUUUGUAUUUUUGCUAACUUAUUG